UAACAGGCUCACUAGUAGCGUACAGCCGGGCUGCUAGAAGGACUCAAGAGGACGCGUUUACAGCUGUGUAAUAUCGAUAUCUUUGAUAUUUGGCAGAAGUCAUAACAUUAUAUUUUAAUAUCAGGUUUUUGUCCAAACAACAAAGACAACAAUGCUGCUUCGCAAAGUGAGCCAGUCCGUUCUGCGGCUUCCUCCUGUGCUGUCCGGAGGUCAGCGUAAUGCCGGGGCCGUCAUUGCUGUACAAAACUCCCGUCUGUACGGAAGCCCGGCUGCAGAGGCGGUGCUGGAGAAGCCAGCAGCAGUCGGCACUGACACAGCCACUAAAGUGGAGAAGAAGACCGUUGCUGUUGAAUCCAAAUCAUAUGCCGUCAACAUUUUCAAGGGGCAGAUCGCGACUGCCCAGGUGUUCCCCUACCCCUCAGCCAUGAAUGAAGAGCAGGAGCAGUUUCUCCGUGAGCUUGUGGGGCCUGUCAGCAAAUUUUUUGAGGAGGUGAAUGAUGCUGCCAAGAACGAUUCCUUGGAGAAGGUAGAAGAUCACACCAUGCAGGGCCUGAAGGAGAUGGGCGCCUUUGGCCUGCAGGUGCCAGCUGAACUGGGUGGCCUCGGCCUCUCAAACACACAGUACGCCCGGCUGGUUGAGAUUGUUGGCAGCCAUGACCUUGGCGUUGGCAUCACUCUGGGCGCCCACCAGUCCAUCGGCUUCAAGGGCAUUCUGCUCUUUGGGAAUCCAGCCCAGAAGGAGAAGUACCUGCCUAAGCUCGCCACGGGUGAGCAUAUAGCGGCCUUCUGCCUAACCGAACCAGCCAGCGGCUCCGACGCCGCCUCCAUCAAAACCACAGCUAUUCAGUCCGAGUGCGGCGAGUACUUCACUCUCAGUGGAGGCAAGAUCUGGAUCAGCAAUGGAGGUCUGGCUGAGAUCUUCACAGUGUUCGCCAAGACACCCAUGAAGGAUCCCAAGACUGGGGAGAUGAAGGACAAGAUCUCGGCCUUCGUCGUGGAGAGGAGCUUUGGAGGAGUGACACAUGGCCCUCCAGAGAAGAAAAUGGGCAUCAAGGCGUCCAACACAGCCGAGGUCUAUUUCGAAAAUGUCCGCGUGCCAGCUGACUGCUUGCUGGGCGAGUUGGGUGGAGGCUUCAAGGUGGCCAUGAACAUCCUGAACAACGGGCGUUUUGGCAUGGCGGCGGCGCUUUCCGGCACCAUGAAGGGAGUCAUCAACAAAGCCGUGGAUCAUGCGGCCAACAGAACCCAGUUUGGGAACAAGAUCCACACCUACGGAGCCAUCCAGGAGAAGAUGGCUCGCAUGACCAUGCUGCAAUAUGUCACUGAGUCAAUGGCCUACAUGAUCAGCGGCAACAUGGACAGUGGAGCGACUGAGUUCCAGAUAGAAGCUGCCAUCAGCAAGAUCUUUGCCUCUGAGGCAGCGUGGACUGUGACCGACGAGUGCAUUCAGGUUAUGGGCGGCAUGGGUUUCAUGAAGGACUGUGGAGUGGAAAGAGUGAUGAGGGAUCUCAGAAUUUUCCGAAUCUUUGAGGGCACCAACGACAUCCUGAGGCUCUUUGUGGCCCUUAAUGGCUUCCAGAACGCUGGCAACCAGCUGAAGAGCUUGCAGAAGGCCCUGAAGAACCCCCUCGGCAACGCUGGGUUGAUCGCUGGAGAACUCACCAAGAGAGCCAAAAGAAAGGCAGGUUUGAGCACUGGUUUGACACUGCAGGGAACCGUACAUCCUGAGCUGGCACAGAGCGGAGAACUGACCACUAAGGCCAUCGAACAGUUUGGCGCGGUCACAGAGGAGCUGCUGAUCAAACACGGAAAGAAGAUCAUUGAUGAACAAUUUGUCCUGAGGAGAGUUGCUGACGGUGCUAUCGACCUCUACGCCAUGGUCGUGGUCCUGUCCAGGGCUUCACGCGCUCUGAGUCAGGGCAGUCCCUCAGCUCAGCAUGAGAAGAUGCUGUGUGAGACCUGGUGUGUGGAGGCCUACGAUAGGAUCAUGCAAGACAUCAAGUCGCUGCGCUCCAGUCAGUCCAGACAGCUCUUCAAGAACAUGCGGGCCAUCUCUGCUGCCGUGGUGGAGAACGGAGGGGUGGUGGCUCCUCACCCUCUGGGUUUCUAAACGCACCACGCUUCCCGUACACUUUUCACUCUUCUGUAUCUCCAGCCGAGUUCAGCGUCCUGUAUGUCAAGUUAUCUCAGACGUUGUUAUCGCCAUAAUUGCUCCAUCACACAUCGGCAUCCUCGUGUCAGCUUCUGUUCUCUUAUCUCGAUUGGAAUCAAUUUCGGUGUCUUUGUGAAACAGUUUUUCUGUCACUUAUUUAUUAAAUGCCGACUCAAGACUUCUAGAAUUUGGGCUGGAGUUUUAAUCUAUAUGAAAUAAGAAUUAAUUGAAAUGAAAAGAUAUGACAGAAAAACUGUAAUUUAAAAAAAUGACUCAGCCCUGCUACCACCUGUAUCUAAAACAGCUGAGGACUGAAUGUCUCCGGUGUGUGCAUGGAGCAUUUACUUACCGCAUCUACUCUGUAUUUCAGCCUUCAUGAACUGUAGCUGAUUGAAUGAUCUCCUCAUUUAAUCUGUCGACAUUAAGUUAUGAUGUUAUUUUUGUCCGUUCUUCACCAACUAAAUACAUCAAUGCAACCUUGAGAUAGAGAGGCCAGUUAACGGAGGAACUUAUCUGUUUUUAGCUAUUUUAAUUCAUACACACAGGUAUUUUGAAUGACAGUUUGAUUCAUACACGCAUCUUGAGUUGUGUUCAAAUGUAUAUAAUCGCGAGGUGUUCCUGUACUUGAAUGCAUUUUUUCUGCAUGUGAAUUAAGCUCACUCAGUGCUCCUCACAGAAGCGUUAAUGUCAGGAGCAAAACCUUUUGCCUUAGAAACCGGUCUGCAGAUACUGUUCCUGUUGUGACUUCAGUUAAAAAGAGCUUCUUUUUUUUUUCUUCUUUUUUUUAAAUGUACAUGUCAUGGUAGCUCUUUCCUAAUGGCCAUCACAUCGACUACCAAUGUGUUUUUCUCUGCAAAAGGGAGCAGGCAUCAUUAACUGUUAGUUUAAGUUUCUGGUACUUUAAAGAAACAAAUGUCUUGUAUAAUAAAUGCACUUAGUGGUGUUUUAAUCUGCUGUGUCAGAGCACUCAUUAAACUUGAAUUAGAUCUGCACAUUCUUGCCUUUUUAAUAACUCCUACAGUGAUGAACAACGCUGCUUUUAAGUCGGUAAUCUUUUCACUGAACGUGUGCUUGAAUAACAGAUAUGAUCACAUGCCUCUUGUGUUAUCUAAUAAUGCCUCAACUGUUUGGAGUCAUUGUUCGUGCAGAUCUACUUUGAGUUGUUUUGGUUUAACAACACACUUAUCUUUUGGGACUAAUAAAUAAAGUAUCGAUUCAUCAUUCUAUUUUCUUUCUUUUUUUUCAUAUUUCUGUCAUUGAACACAUCUUGAGUUAGAUCUCGGCUUGGAUAUAGUUGCAAUACACCGGUUUCCUCUGUGAAGUCCAGAUUCUUAAAUAUUCUGUCACCAUAAACAUGAAUGUGGACUUUAAGAGGCCAGACUACUCCGAUUCCUUCUUCAAGCUUUUGUAACAUGUAAAAGCAAAUAAAAAUUGACGCUCAGCCAAAAAAGUUAAAAAUAAAA